AUGAAAUAUCAAUUAACAUUAUGUUUUAUAUUUCUUUUAUUAAAUUAUUGUUUUGCAGUUAAAGAUUAUUUAUUUAAAUCAUGUCAACAAAAUGGAUUUUGUAAUAGAAAUAAAUAUUAUUCAAAUCAUAUACUAGGGGAUUCAAAUUUUAAAUCACCAUAUUAUAUAAAUAAAUUUGAAAUUAAUGGAGAUAUAUUAAGAGGAAUUGUAUUAAAAAAUAAUACAAAUGUUGAAUUCCCAUUUAAAAUAAGUAUAAUUGAAAAUAGUUUUAGAUUUAAAUUGGAUGAAAUUAGAAAUUUAAAUGAAAAUAUAAUUGUUAAUAAUAAUAGAUAUAAUGAAACUUCAAAUUGGGCUUUUGAUAAAAAUGUUCAAUAUAAUAAAGCUAAAUUUAUUACAAGUAAAGAUUCAAUACAGAUAAAUUAUAAUCUGAAUCAUAAAGUUAUAAUAAACUUAAAUCCUAUAAAAUUUACUUUUUAUUAUAAAAAUGAAAAAGUAUUAUUAAUAAAUGAUAAACAUUUUUUAUUAAUUGAAUAUCAAAGAUCAAAAGAAAAUCUUAAAUUAUUACCUCAAGAAUCUUCAUUUAAUAUGUUUUCUGAUGAUUUUCAAGAUUCAAAAUCAGAUACUUUACCUUUAGGUCCAGAAUCAAUUGGAUUAGAUUUUACUUUAAUUGGAUUUCAAAAUUUAUAUGGUAUUCCUGAACAUGCCGAUUCAAUGCUUUUAAAAGAUACUACCAACAAAGAACCUUAUAGAUUAUAUAAUGUUGAUAUAUUUGAAUAUGAAACUGAUUCAAGAUUACCUAUGUAUGGAUCAAUUCCAUUAUUAACUGCGAUUAAAAAAGAUGUCUCGAUUGGAAUUUUUUGGUUAAAUAGUGCUGAUUCAUAUAUUGAUAUAAAAAAAUCUCAAGAUUCAACCGUUCAUUGGAUGUCAGAGAAUGGUAUACUAGAUUUUAUAAUAAUUAUUGAAGAUUCACCAAAGGAUAUUAAUCAAGUUUAUGGUAAAAUUACAGGUUUCACCCAAUUACCGUUAUUAUCAAGUCUUGGGUAUCAUCAAUGCAGAUGGAAUUAUAACGAUAUUAAAGAUGUUUUAGAUGUUAGUUCUAAAUUUGAUGAAUAUGAGAUUCCUUAUGAUACUAUUUGGUUAGAUAUUGAAUAUACUGACAACAAGAAAUAUUUAACUUGGCAUCCCGAAACUUUUGAUAAACCAGAUGAAAUGUUGGAGAUACUAAAUAGAACAGGUAGAAAUCUAGUAGCUAUAAUUGAUCCUCAUAUAAAAACCGGUUAUUUUGUCAGUGAUUCAUUAAUUAAUCAAAAAUUAACUAUGAACAAUAAUGAAGAUGAAUCAUAUCAUGGACAUUGUUGGCCUGGGGAAUCUGUUUGGAUUGAUACUUUAAACCCAAAAAGUCAAAAAUUUUGGGAUGAUUCUCAUAAAUCAUUUAUGAUAUCUGAUAAAUAUAAGAACUUACAUAUAUGGAAUGAUAUGAAUGAACCAUCUGUUUUCAACGGACCAGAAACUAGUGCACCAAAAGAUAAUUUACAUUUUGGACAAUGGGAACAUAGAUCAAUUCAUAAUUUAUUUGGUUUAACUUAUCAUGAAACAACUUUUAAUUCUUUAUUAUCAAGAUUACCAAAUCAAAGACCAUUUAUAUUAACAAGAUCUUAUUUCUCAGGAAGUCAACGUACUGCAGCAAUGUGGACUGGUGAUAAUAUGUCAAAAUGGGAAUAUUUAAAAAUUUCAAUUCCAAUGAUUUUAACUUCAAAUAUUGUUGGAAUGCCAUUUGCAGGAGCUGAUGUUGGUGGAUUUUUUGGUAAUCCUCUGAAAGAAUUAUUAACAAGAUGGUAUCAAGCAGGUAUUUGGUAUCCAUUUUUCAGAGCUCAUGCACAUAUUGAUUCAAGAAGAAGAGAACCAUGGAUGAUUGGUGAACCAUAUACAUCUUACAUAAGAGAUGCAAUAAAAUUAAGAUAUUCAUUAUUACCAGUAUUUUAUACAUCUUUUUAUCAAGCUUCUAAAACAGGUAUUCCUGUACUAAAACCAUUAUUUUAUGAUUAUUCAAAUCUGACAAACUCAAAAAUAUUUGAAAUUGAAGAUGAAUUCUUUCUAGGUAAUUCUGGUAUUUUAGUAAAACCAAUAACUGAUGAAAAUGCAGACGAAGUUGAUUUUUACAUUCCUGAAAAUGAAAUAUUUUAUCAAUUCACUAAUGGUCAAAUUGGAGAUAAAAUUGAUAAUUCUAAAUUUGAAGUCAAAAAUAAUGAUAUACCAAUGCUACUAAAAGGUGGAUCGAUAAUUGCAAUGAAAGAAAGAUACAGACGAUCUACAAAAUUAAUGAAAUAUGAUCCAUAUACGUUAAUAAUUGCAUUGGAUAAAUUCGGAAAUGCUAGUGGUGAAUUAUAUAUUGACGAUGGUGAAAGUAUAAAUUCUGAUUACAAAUCAAUAAAUUUUGAAUUUAAAGACGGUAAUUUAUUAACAAAAUCAGAAGGUAAUUAUUCUUUACCAAUUGAAAUAGAAAAAAUAAUAAUUGUUGGUGCUAAUCAAAUAAAUUCAAAACUUGGUAACAUUUUUGAAGAUGGUAAUAAAUUUAUCAUAAAAAAGCCUAAUGUUAAUAUAUAA